AUGCUUGAGCGUAUACUAGAACAAAAAAGUGCAAUAACAUUAGAUUUACAAAAUAUUAAAAAAAAUGGUUUUGUACCAAGAGAUUGGAAAUUAAUUGAAGGUUAUGUAGAAGUGCUAAAGCCCAUUUUUGAAGCCACCAAGGAACUUUGUCAAGAAAAAAUUCCUACUUUAUCUAUGGUUAACCCAAUCUUAUGUACUAUUGAAACCAAAUUAAAAAAUUUCAUUUCCAAAAAUAAUGAUUUAAUCAGUGGAAUAUCAUUUGCAAGAAGUGUGCACAAAUCAAUAACUACAAGAUUUCAAGUAUGUAAAACUAAUACUGUAUACAUGUUGGCUACAAUUAUAGAUCCAAGAUUCAAAAUUAUUAUGUUGGAAGUGUUGGAACCACAUGAAGUAGAAGCAGCAAAGGAAAUACUUAAAAUAGAAGUUGAAGCUCUUAGAACACCACCAUCCAAUAUACAAAUUACAAAUGAAACAACAGAACAAUCAGAACAUACAUUGGAGCCAAGUAAAUCUUCAUUAUGGGAUAUUCUUAAUGAACGAUCAGCCACUAUUAAACAUAUGGAGGGCCAAAUAGAUUAUGUUUUGAGAGAAAUACAGGAAUAUUUAAAACUACCACUGAUUUCUCCAACAUCAAAUCCUUUAACUUGGUGGAGCUCUAACCAAACUACAUUCCCAAAUUUAUUACCAGUUGCAAUGAAAUAUCUAGGUAUUCCUGCCACGUCUGUUUGCUCUGAGCGCAUGUUCUCUAAAGCAGGACAAAUUGUUACCAAGAGGAGACAGAGACUUAGUCCUGGAUCAGUAGAACAAUUAGUAUUUCUACAUGAUAAUUUAUAA